AUGUAUGAUGAAGAAAGUGUUAACGAUAGCAUUAGGCUAGCAACUCUUUACUUCAAGAACGAGGAGUACAGUAAAUCCAUAAAGUUGUACAACAAGGUUAUCCAUGAAAUAAAAAACCUAACAAAAAAUGAUGUUAGAUCUAUACGAAAGAAUAUUUACAAAUUAUCUGAGGUCCCCCCGGUAGGACCAUUGGUACAUCCGAAGCUAGGGGCUGUUCUUGAUCAAUGUGCCGCUGCAUAUGAAAAAAUGAACAAUUUGCAGCGUGCUUUACAUCAAGGUGAACAACUGAUGGAAUAUGAGCCUCUCAGUUGCAAGGGUUAUUUGCGAGUGUCCAAGAUAUUGAUAAUGAUGAAUAAGGACUUGGAUGCUUAUAAGGUGACCCAAAGAGGGCUCUACUAUUUGGAUCGUGCUCAGAAACUUUAUCGUGUUGACAUACCUGAAAAACACUAUUCAAGUCUCCAGGCUCGUUGCAAACAUCUCAAACAGCAGUUGAAGACUAAGCAACAGAAUACGGUGAUGACUCUGCGGUCCAAUAGCCCGGAAUCAGAAUCUUCAAAUUCCUCGAGAUCGAUACUUCCAGCGAAACGUUCUUCAAGUGAUAUAAUAAUCAGACAAAUUCGCCCUACGAAGAGCACCAAAAAGACACUUGACCCACUUGACCUUCUCACAGAUGAUAUCCUCGAACUUGUAUUUCUUCAACUUCCUUUGAAAUCCAUCUUUGCAUGCCAUCAAGUGUCCAAAAAAUGGUACGAAUUCCUCACAAAGAUACCUAGGCUAUACAACAAGAGGGUCUGUAUGCGAGAGAAAAUAACAAGCCAAGAGUUUUCGAGCGGCAUUAAAUUUUUGAGCCGUGUAAUGAACCGUUCAAGCACACGUCAAAUAGAGCUGUUCCGCCUAAGGUCGGUGCUCAACCUGGUCAACUUCAGCAAAAUUAUGGACCAGCUUUUCAUAUCUAUGGCACGAACUUCGAUCGCGAUAACCAUCCGAGAAUUGGAUAUUAUGAACCAAAACCUUUCCUUCCACAUGUUGAUGAACCAAGUGUGCAAGUUUGCUUCUAGCGACACUAGCCUACUUGCGGUUAAAGCACUUCGCAUUGGGUUCAAUUCUUACGUUCCUGAUGCCAAUCUCUUGCUUUCUGCGUUCCCGGGUCUUGAAAGUUUGGAGAUGGUCAUACUAGAAAAUACCUUGGGAAAGGAUUGUUCAGAGAUUUUUGCCGAUCACUUUAGCCUGCGAGAGAUGAGUGCACGCAAUGGACUUCACCAUCUCUCUCUCAUCAACCACCCGAAAUUGCGUCUGCAAGUUACAAACCUUCCCAUCCAUAUUAACGACCUUCCAUCCUUAGAGUCUCUUAAGGUUGCCUCCUUCAAUUUUACGAACGAUAUUGAGCUCCGUCAGUUCCUUCAAAACAGCGAGAACUUGCGUGUUCUAUACCUUGAAAACAACACUGCCUUAUCCAUUACUUCACUCUUGAGAUAUAUUCAAUUUGACGGUGCCCAGUUCAAAUUGCGUUCCUUGGCCGUGAGAGAGGCAACUGCACAAAUACGAUCGUGGGAUGUCAACCCUGCUGAUUUGCCACAGCUCCACGAUCUCGUGAACCUAGACCUUUAUUCCACAUCGCUAAGCACAAGGUCGUUCAUUAGGCUACUUCAAGUUGCAAACCACAAUGGAAAUUUGCAAAGCUUAGCAAUAAGAAAUUCCACAAACAUCCAGUUUAUGAAUGAUACCUUGGUACGAAACAACUCGCCUCGAUUGACGCUAGGAAAUAUUAUGGAAAUGUGUCCUGAUAUUGAACACCUAUACUUGAAUGAAGUUGGCGUCGAUAAUACUACACUUCGCAACUUUGCCCGAGAGCUAGCCACGAAAAGAUCAAAAUUUCAUCUAAAAUCGAUAGAUUUGAGCUUUUGCGAGCGGUUGGAUGGUACAGGGAUACUUUCCCUACUAGAAUCGGUGCGUUCGUCGAACAACAGCGGUACUGAAUUAGGCUGCAAAUUACAAGCUAUGACGCUCCAUGGUCUUCCCAUAUACACGGAAACACUCCAGCUCCUACGCAACCAUCCAGCAGUUGAUCUCAUAACUCACGACCCUACAAGGCUCAAGUGGAGAGAGUACGGCAGAAACACUUUGGUGUUUGAGUGA